ACACUGGAGAGCCAAAAGGAGUGGAAGAGCCUGUCUUGGAGAUUAUCCUGGGGAAAUCCUGAGGUCAUUCAUUAUGAAGUGUACCGCCCAGGAGUGGCUCAGAGUAACCACAGUGCUAUUCAUGGCUAGAGCAAUAGCAGCCAUGGUGGUUCCUAAUGCUACUUUAUUGGAGAAACUUCUGGAAAAGUACAUGGAUGAGGAUGGUGAGUGGUGGAUGGCCAAGCAAAGAGGGAAAAGGGCCAUCACAGACAAUGACAUGCAGAGUAUCUUGGACCUUCAUAACAAAUUACGAAGUCAGGUGUAUCCAACAGCUUCUAAUAUGGAGUACAUGACAUGGGAUGUAGAAUUGGAAAGAUCUGCAGAAUCUUGGGCUGAAACUUGUUUGUGGGAACAUGGACCUGCAAGCCUGCUUCCAUCAAUUGGACAGAAUUUGGGAGCACAUUGGGGAAGAUACAGGCCCCCAACGUUUCAUGUCCAAGCGUGGUAUGAUGAAGUAAGAGACUUCAGCUAUCCAUAUGAGCAGGAGUGCAACCCAUAUUGUCCAUUCAGAUGUUCUGGUCCUGUCUGUACUCAUUAUACACAGGUGGUGUGGGCAACAAGCAGCAGAAUAGGUUGUGCCAUUAACUUGUGUCACAACAUGAACAUCUGGGGACAGAUUUGGCCCAAAGCUGUCUACUUGGUGUGCAAUUAUUCCCCAAAGGGAAACUGGUGGGGCCAUGCCCCUUACAAACACGGACGACCCUGUUCUGCUUGCCCACCUAGUUUUGGAGGAGGCUGUAGAGAAAAUCUCUGCUACAAAGAAGGAUCAGACAGGUAUUACCCUCCUCAAGAAGAAGAAACAAAUGAAAUUGAACGGCAGCAGUCACAAGUUCGUGAAACCCAUGCCCGGGUGAGAGCAGAUGAUAGUAACAGAAAUGAAGUCAGAAGCACACAGCAAAUGUCCCAAAUUGUUUCUUGUGAAGUAAGAUUAAGAGACCAGUGCAAAGGAACAACCUGUAAUAGAUAUGAAUGUCCUGCUGGCUGUUUGGAUAGUAAAGCUAAAGUUAUUGGCAGUGUACAUUAUGAAAUGCAAUCUAGCAUUUGUAGAGCUGCAAUCCAUUAUGGUAUAAUAGACAAUGAUGGUGGUUGGGUGGAUAUCACUAGACAAGGAAGGAAACAUUAUUUCAUCAAAUCCAAUAGAAAUGGCAUUCAGUCAAUUGGCAAAUACCAGUCUGCUAAUUCCUUCACAGUCUCUAAAGUAACAGUUCAGGCUGUCACUUGUGAGACAACUGUGGAACAACUGUGUCCAUUUCAUAAGCCUGCGUCACAUUGCCCAAGAGUAUACUGUCCUCGUAACUGUAUGCAAGCCAACCCACAUUAUGCUCGUGUAAUUGGAUCUCGAAUUUAUUCUGAUCUGUCCAGUAUAUGUAGAGCAGCAGUACAUGCUGGUGUGGUUCGAAAUCACGGUGGUUAUGUUGAUGUCAUGCCUGUGGACAAAAGAAAGACUUACACGGCGUCUUAUCAGAAUGGAAUCUUCUCAGAAAGUUUACAGAACCCUCCAGGAGGAAAAGCAUUCAGAGUGUUUGCUGUUAUGUGAAGUAAAACACUUGGAAGAGGAUAGUAAAGAGAAUUCCAAAUGCCGUAUUUUGAAGUUUGUAUAAAAACUGUAACAUUAUGUACAGAAGAUAUCAACUGUUUUAGCCCAAAAAAAGUACUGAAUGCAUAUAAAUCUUUAUAGACAGUCUGUAACAUAAAACAUGGGACAAAAGCUUUGGAAAAAGUAAAGAAUCUGUAAUGGUUUUAGAAAUCCUGUGUUAAAAAUUGCUAUAUUUUCUUAGCACUUAUUUCGACAGUUAAAUAGUCAUGAUUGUUCUACAUUUUGUAUGUUUUAUAAUAUGGUGCUUUGUAUAUGCCACUAAUAAAAGAGUCUAAAUGUUGAAUGUGAAUGGCCUUCACACUAUCAUCUGGUGCAUUAAAAAAUAACUCCAAAAGAGGAAAGAAACAUUAUUAUCACAUUUUUCCAGUCCAAUGCAUUAUCUGUUCUAAAUAAUCUCCAUUUAUUUUCAAGUUAAUUCUUGUACAGUUUUUCCUCUUCUGUUAAAUUUAGGCAUAUAGACUCUUCAGUCCUGCUAGUACAUUUCUUUUUUAUAUAAAAUAAUCCAUUAUUAUCCAAAUAAAUCAGGUCAAAUGCCUGAUUCCCUGGAAAGGACCUUAAUGGUAAGUGGAAUAAAGUCAGAGUAAUGAUGUUAAAAAUAUUCCUAGUGCUCAUGUAGGAACUAUAAGAAAAAGCAUGGGCAGCCAAAGUUUUCUGUGGAUUAAAAUUGAGGUCACACAUUUUCUUUUGUAUCCUGGCAAAUACUCCUGCAGGCCAGGAAGUAUAAUAGCAGAAAGUUUAACGAAGAUGAAGUAAUGUAUUUUUAUCACCAUUGCCACUCAUUUUCUUAAUGGUAAAUGGCUUUGUGUAUUAACGUUAUCAUACUAUGGUGCAUAUAAUGGUGAUAUUUGUUUCUAUGAAAAAUGUAUUGUGCUUUGAGACUAAAAAUCUGUAAAACAUUCCUUUUGGUAAUUUUUUCUGCUGGUGAAUUUAUUCUUUUCCUAUAAACAUUAAAAUCAAUCAUGUUUCAGAGUAUU